CAGAGGAUGUGGAAAGCCAGAAAUCACGGUUCAGAGAGUUGAGAAAAUGGAAGGGAUCGAACACAGAAUUGUUAAAGUGAAUGGCAUAAACAUGCAUUUUGCUGAAAAAGGGGAAGGCCCGGUGAUUCUUUUCAUCCAUGGCUUCCCGGAGCUCUGGUAUUCAUGGCGUCACCAAAUCGUCGCUUUGUCUUCAAUGGGUUACCGUGCCGUGGCCCCUGACCUGAGGGGUUUCGGCGACUCGGAUGCCCCCGACUCAGUGGACAGUUACACUUGCUUCCACAUAGUCGGCGAUUUGGUUGAGCUUAUAAACGUUGUGGCUCCCGAUGAACGCAAGGUGUUUGUUGUGGGGCAUGACUGGGGAGCUCUGUUGGCCUGGUAUUUGUGCAUGUUUAGGCCUGAUAAAGUGAAAGCUUUGGUGAACUUGAGUGUGCCGUUUCUUCGGAUGAGUAGGGAAAUUAAGCCCGUUGAUGCCUGGAGAGCUUAUUAUGGCUGUGAUCAUUACAUCUCUAGAUUUCAGAAACCUGGAGAAAUAGAAGCUGAAUUUGCAGAGAUUGGUACGGAAAGAGUUGAGAAGGAAUUGCUGACUGAUUUUCCUGAACUGUUACCUAGAGGGAAACUGUUCAAACGUCCAUUAGAUGAACCCAUAACAUUGCCUUUUUGGUUGUCAGAGGAAGAAGCUAACUAUUAUGUCAGUAAAUUCCAGAAAGGUGGCUACACCGGUGGACUCAACUAUUAUCGAAACUUAAACAGAAACUGGGAACUGAUGGCACCGUGGACAGGUGGUGGGAUCAAAACACCAACCAAAUUCAUUGUGGGUGAUAAGGAUCUGGUUUAUCAUAUGCCUGGGAUUAAGGAAUACAUUCACAAUGGUGGGUUCAAAGAAGAUGUGCCGUUGUUGCAAGAAGUGGUGGUAAUGGAAGGAGUUGGGCAUUUCAUCAACAUGGAAAAACCACACGACAUUACCAAUCAUAUCUAUCACUUCUUUCAGCACAUAACAGUUAAAGUGAAUGGCAUUAACAUGCAUUUAGCUGAAAAGGGGGAUGGCCCAGUGAUUCUUUUCCUCCAUGGUUACCCCGGGCUCUGGUAUUCAUGGCGUCACCAAAUCGUUCUGUCUUCAAUGGGUUACCGAGCCGUGGCCCCCGACCUGAGGGGAUACGGCGACUCGGACGCCCCCGACUCAAUCGACAGUUACACUUGCUUCCACCUGGUCGGCGAUUUGGUCGAGCUCGUCAACGUGGUGGCUCCCGAUGAACGCAAGGUGUUUGUUGUAGGGCAUGACUGGGGAGCUGUGUUGGCCUGGUAUUUGUGCAUGUUUAGGCCUGAUAAAGUGAAAGCUUUGGUGAACUUGAGCGUGCCGUAUUCUCGGUUCAGUCGGGAAAGUAAGCCCAUUGAUGCCUGGAGAUCUUAUUAUGGCAGUGAUCAUUACAUAUCUAGAUUUCAGGCACCUGGAGAAAUUGAAGCUGAAUUUGCAGAGAUUGGAUAGAUAGAGUUAUGAAGGAAUACCUGAUCGAUUUCCCAGUUUUGUUACCGAAAGGGAAACUCUUCGAGCGUUCACCUGCUGUCCCACUUAAACUACCUUCUUGGCUGUCUGAGGAAGAAGCUAACUACUAUGUCACUAAAUUCCAGAAA